AAAGGGUCCCUGCCAUGACCAAGGGGGGAAUGGAGUCGGUGGAAGUGUUUGCGGCCGAAGGCAAAGGCCGCGGCUUGCGAGCGCGGAAGGAAUUCCUGCCCGGGGAUGUCAUCUUCGCGGAGCCGGCCUACGCCGCCGUGGUUUUUGAUAGCCUGACUCACAUCAUCUGUCACACCUGCUUCAAACGGCAGGAGAGGCUUCACCGCUGCGGCCAGUGCAAGUUUGCCUACUACUGCGACCGGACCUGCCAGAGAGCCGCGUGGCUGGACCACAAGAACGAGUGCUCUGCCGUCAAGAGACAUGGCAAAGUGCCCACCGAAAACAUCAGGUUGGCAGCCCGUAUCCUGUGGAGGAUGGAGAGGGAAGGCAGUGGGCUGGCGGAGGGCUGCCUGGUCUCCAUCGAUGAGCUGCAGAACCACGUGGACAACUUCGGCGAGGAGGAGAAGAAGGAGCUGCAUGCCGAUGUGGAGAGCUUCCUUGAGUUUUGGCCGCCGCAGAGCCAGCAGUUUGGCAUACAGUUCAUUUCCCACGUGUUCGGAGUGAUCAACUGCAAUGGCUUCACCCUCAGUGACCAAAGAGGACUGCAGGCUGUUGGUGUGGGUAUCUUCCCCAACCUCUGCCAGGCCAACCAUGACUGCUGGCCCAACUGCACAGUCAUCUUCAACAAUGGCAAUCAUGAGGCUGUAAGAUCAAUGUUCCACACACAGAUGAGGAUCGAGCUGCGAGCCCUGAGCAAGAUUUCCYCUGGGGACGAGCUCACCGUUGCCUACGUGGAUUUCCUCAACGUGAGCGAGGAGCGGAGGAAGCAGCUGAAGAAGCAGUAUUAUUUCGAUUGCACGUGCGAGCACUGCAAGAAGCAGAUCAAGGAUGACCUGAUGCUGGCUGUAAAGGAAGGGGAAAAAAAGCCCUCUGCAGAGACGGUGAAGGAGGUGAUCCAGUUUUCCAAGGACACCCUGGAGAAGAUCAACAAGGCCCGCUUGGAGGGAGUUUACCAUGAAGUUGUGAGGCUGUGCCGUGAAUGCCUGAAGAAACAGGAGCCUGUGCUGGGAGAAACAAACAUUUACCUCCUGCGSAUCCUCAGCAUUGCCUCCGAGGUGCUCUCCUACCUCCAGAUGUUUGAGGAGGCAGCUGACUACGCCAAGAGGAUGGUGGAUGGCUACCUGAAAAUAUACCAUCCCAACAAUGCGCAGCUGGGAAUGGCGGUGAUGCGGGCAGGAGUGACCCACUGGCAUGCUGGUCUCAUUGAAGCUGGGCAUGGCCUCAUCUGUAAAGCUUAUGCCAUUCUUCUGGUCACCCAUGGACCUUCCCAUCCCAUUACCAAAGACCUGGAGGUCAUGCGUGUCCAGACGGAGAUGGAGCUGCGCAUGUUCCAGCAGAACGAGUUCAUGUAUUACAAGAUGAGAGAAGCUGCUCUCAAGAACCAAAAGAUUCAAGUCAUGCCUGAACCCUCCAAUGAGCCCUCACCCAGUCUCUUCCACAAGAAGGAAUAAAACUUGAGCCUGACGCAAAUUCAUGCCUAUGGGAUAACAUCACCUGUGGCAGCUCCAAACAUAGGGAAUGUGAUACAUUAAUGUGAUAUAUCCAUAAAGAUUUUUUUUUUCCAGUGGCACCAGUCUGAGAACAUGGACCUGCUUGGGAAGAGAUCUAAAAUUCUUCGGGGGGCUUAGAGCAGAAGAACUCCUUGCAGAAAGGAGCGUGUUUUAACAUCUUUUUUUU